UUCAUAUCUCAAGUAUCAAGCAUCCCGCCUUCUUACACUUGCCUGAACCCAUCUUUGCCGCCUCUGCUCUCAUGGAAUCUGAAAAAACAAAGAGCUCGACUGCCUCUGCAGCUGGCGACCAUGGUGCACUCCCAGCGUCGCCCUCAGAGGCAGACGGUAUUCAGUCUCCGGCCGUCGAUAUCCUUCCCGCUGGGGAUUUGCCUUCACUUACCCCUCCGCUUGACGAUGGCGAGGCUUUACUAUCUGAUUCAGAAGGUUUUCCUUCUCCGGAAUGGUACCUCUCUCCUUCUGACACCGACGAUACUGAUCCGACUUGGAAAUGGAGGAAACGUUAUGAGGGAUUGAUUGAACCCGACAGUGACGACGGCUUUGACGACCUCGAGAGCCGGUGGAUUGCGGUUACUUCCAAAAGGGCAGCGACGCCAACCCCUGUGGCUACGGCGGACGAGGAUGAAGGAUUGCCAUAGGGGAGUUCUUACUGCCUAAUUUCAUUUCUUUGUUGUCCAAUAAUUGCAUGUUUGUUUUAGGUUCUACUGUAGGAACUUUGUGAUGCUUAUGUCGCCUGAUUUCGGUCGUGUACUGUAUGUGCUAUUUGAAUUGUUUGCUGCUGAUUUGUACUCAGUUCAGUCAUGUAAUGUCUGUGAUUAAUAAACCUUGUGAUGUUUCUCUGAGGUAUAUUGGCCUUAGUAAAGCAGUGCACUAUCUGUGUUGAAAAAAACAGUGUUAUGACUAUUUUCUGAGGUUGUGUAGCAUUAGUUUUCUCAUGUGUAGCCUGUGAUGAAUCUGGUCUGAGGCAUAAUUUCAAACCGUGCAAUGGUAUGUUGAUGGUGGUAAACACUUUGAUCGGUUUGGAUGUGUAUUAAGUGUGAGUGAACUGAUGUCCAGCCUGUGAAGAAUUCAUUUCACCCCCAUGAUUAAUUUGUGCACUUUGUCACUCAUUUUUAGCCUGAUUAAUGUAGUGCACUGUAUGUGAUGAUAAAAAGUGGUGAUGACUAUUUUCUGAGGUUGUGUAGCAUUAGUUUUCUCAUGUGUUGCCUGUGAUGAAUCUGGUCUGAGGCAUAAUUUCAAACCGUGCAGUGGUAUGUUUACGUUGGUAAACACUUUGAUUGGUUUGGAUGUAUAUUAAGUCCUCCACAUGGUCAUGUGUGACAUUCCCAUUGCAUAGGCAACUGAUCUGAGAUUUUUCCUAAAUUGAAGUGGGAAGUCAUUGAGGUCAAGGAGGGGAGCAUGGAGCUGCUGCCAAGUAAGAGGAGGGAAAUUGUUUAGGUCUGGGAUGCAAGAACACAAAGUACUUCUCAUUUUUACUGCUCCUAGGUUUUUGUAGAUCUCUUUGUGUUGAAAUUCUUGUAUAUAUACAAAAAAUUCCUGGACUGUACUUUUAAAAUGGAGGGAGUAUCGAGUAGUUUCCCUCCAUACUUCAAUUUUUCAUUUCAAUUAUUUCUGAGGUUCUGUACACAUGUGACAAACUGUUUUGGACUCUUCCUAUUAAUUUUCAGACUGCCUGCAC